CUUUGGCUCCCAGUCCAGCCAGGUGGACGAGCGCAGAUGGCGAGUGCCAAAGUGCGGCCACCCAAGCCAAACGUUCUGGUGGCGUCACUUCGAAGUUUACUCAGCUCAAUGGAGACGACACCCGUGCUUCCGCUCGAGUGCUUGCGCUGCUACCGACGCUCGACGACCGACCUCAUCGCGGCCUGCGGCUGUGCGUCGUACGUCCACCGCGACUGCUUGGACGCGCGUCGCGCCCUCAAGAGGUCGGCAGUGACACACUGCGAUGCCUGCGGCGAGGCCUACGCCUUGUACGAGGUGCCGAGUGAAGCGGCCGAGUACAAGCGGCGCGUCCGCAAGGCGCAGCUGCUCCGCGUGCUCUUUGUACUCCUUGUCGUGAUGUUCGGGUGCGUCAUGAUCUGGCUCGUUGAGAAGAGCAAGGUCAGAGGGCACCGAAGCUAUACCUGGUCCGACGACGACCGGGCGCUCAACGAGUGGCUCGCAUCAAUCGGGUGCCCGCGCUUUCUAGCCUAUUUUGUCAUCAGUCUCUUCUCCACAGCGAUUGCGAUAUGCAUCUUCCUGGGCUGUCAACGGGUCGCGCCGGCGACAGAGCGCUAUCUCGGAGCGUGCGACAAGUGGUUCAGUUGCCACUGCACCACGGUCUUGGCCGUGCUUUUGACGGUCCUUCUCGUUGGCACGAUGUCCCUCGUCGGCCUCUACACCGUGCUCAUGGCGGUGAUCGGCGUGCUUGGCGCGGCAGCCAGUGCAUUGGCCGCUCGCCGCGUCUACAAGAUCCGCGUCCAGUACCUCCGCGUCCAAGACCGACGACUGCGUUCUGACGGCGACGUCCUUCAUUUAGCGUAGAGUCUACCACCCGAAGGACAUCAAGAAACUAAAAAGUCGUGGCCAACACGUCUUCUGCGUUAAACCCUUGAGCUAGACCGUCUGGCAUACGUCCAGGCCAAAGCGAGGUCUAUGGAUGUUCCACGCGACUGCGCUUUGCGUCUCUCCAAAUUGCAUGCAUUUCGG